AUGGGAUCCGUCGGCAACCUGGCCUACAAGGCCUUCACUGCCGGGCUUGGUGUUGCCACGCUCUACCUCACAUUCACUUUCGGCGUCAACGUUUACAGGGGCCUCUCCUGGCAUAACGCUCAAUCGGUGGGUACUCUUCUUCUCAGUCUCUCGUCAGGCCACGUCGCUAUUUUUUGUUGUGUUCUGGUGCCUAUUUUUUUCCGCGCGACAUUUUGGUAUUCCUAGUGCUUUUACCCUCAUGGGAGAGAGGAGUUGAUAUGUGGACACUUUGAUGCAACCAGACUGUCUGUUUGUGUGAUUGCCGGAUUCUUUUAAUGAUUGAUCUACUCCGUUUAGAGGCUGGCAGGAUGUAUGCUCUUCGCCAUUGUAUCAUUCUUUGUCUGCCUUCGAGAAAAUACUUUGGGUAGACAAUGAAGAAGAUUCUGCUCAUCAUGAAACUCUUUCCCCCUCGAGAGGCUCAGGGGAAGUAUGCUUUCAACAUGCCUGAAAAGUAUUUUAAGUGCGAAUUUAUCCUUCUUAAAAGUUCAUCCAGAAACUCUUUUCCCUGCAAGAGACUCAAGGCAUGCAUCUAGACUGUCAUAAAAAGAUGUACAGAUGUUAGAUUCUCCUACUGGUAAAAUAGUUCGUGGCUUGGGGAAGCUCUCAUUCUUUGACAUUGUUGUUUUGUGUUCAUUAGUCUUCGGAGUUCAUAUGCAUGGAUAAUUACGUGCAAUAAAUACUAAAAAAAACCUCUGCAUGAUGUAAUUGGCGCUUCCAUCGUCGGUAGCUAAAAUCAACUGCAAAUUCUGGAGAAAAUAUGCCCAUCUGGCACCAAAGAGUACAAGCAUAGACACAAUCACGCAGGAGCAUGUUGAAUUGACAGGUAUUAUAUUGGGUUGAGAUUGAGCAUAAUUACUUGUGUCAUAUAGUCUGUAAGUAGUUAUGCGAUCAUCAUGUGAAUUUUGAGUGUUGAGAUUGAAUACUCCUAGUAAGGAUUAUGAGUUGGGAUUGUUAGGGUUUCAGCAGUCGAGUAAACACUCCCUUGGGGACUCUUGGAAGUAGUUUCUGAUUUCUGCUCCACGUCUCAUGAAUAUGAGUUUUCCUUUGGAUUCCUAAACCUAACCUCAUAGACUCUCUACUCCCAUUUCUUCUUGAUUAAAUCAAAAUUUUCCUUUUCUUUUAAUCUUUUAUUGGCUCUGUUUUCAUGAUUUUCUGUUCAAGUCUCCCCCCCGAUCUGAAUCAAGUGAUAUCAGAGCGUAAGCUCCUAAUUCAUCAAGUAUAAUCAAUGAUGGCAGAAAAUGUAUGUCAUGUGUGUUGCAAGCACGGUUAUGCAGCAAACAUGUGGAAGAUUGCAUGUAGACUUCAGGAGAUGACUAACAAUCCUUAGACAUGCUCGAAGGCAGUCUUGGUGUUGAGGGUUUUAAAAGUGGUGAUGAAAAUAGCCAUCGUAACCCUAAAUGGGGAGUUACUACAUAUAGAGGCAGAUUAGAAGAGGGAUUGAUUCAAGCACUUGAUUUAAACGAAGUUGUAAUUUUCGUUCUCGAAUUUUUCAGGAAGAUGCGAGCAAAGGGCUACUUGAACUGGGAAGCACAUUUAGAGAAUCAAGUUAUGUACUCAUUUCAUUAUGAGCCCUAGUGAAGUUAUCUAGGUGGCUCACAAGUCCGAAAUACAUUUUAUUGUCGUAGGUUAGUUCUUACUGCUUGGUAUUAGGGAAUCUUAUCUAUUACAUAAUUUUUUUCGGAUCCUGUUGCUUAUGAGGUUCAUAACUGCUUUUCACCUUUUGAAGGAGGUACACACUGUAGACCACACUAAGUUUUUUCAAUUGAGAAAUAUUGAUUUUUACCCUUCACUCUCCUUGGGGAUUCGAAGAAUCCUUUGUGGAACUCCAGGUACCCCAUUUUUUGAUCCCUGUAGAUUAAGGAUCAUUGUUAUCAAUCCUUGUGGCUCCAAGGAUUCUAGAUUUCGUUCCCUGGAAAUUUAA